UAGUUUAAACGGGCUCAAAGUGGCAUUUGAGAGAGAGGAUACUUCCUUUCAGAGUGGACACUUGUCUUUUCAGAAGACUUACACCAACUGAGAGUAAAGACUUUUACCAGAGAAUUGCGUAGUCAUCUUGAACUCUGCAAAACUUCCUUUUAUCUGCCGGAAAUUGUACUCUGCACUUGGAGUGGUCCAGACCCUAGGAUGUCCUCCUAUACAUGUCAAGAGGAAGGCACGCUCAAAGCUCAUGAUUGCGUCUUAAUUUACAAAUCAGAGACAGAGAGAGAUGAAAACCACACUCCAGACAGUAACUUAAUCGGACUUACCACCAAGAUGUUAAAAGUGAAGAGGCUGGAAGAAAUCAACACAUGUUAUAACAGUAACGAACUGGAGAAAAUGGCCUUCUUCCACUGCAUGGAAAAGGUUGAGAAAGUGAAAUGUUUUCUGGAAGAAAGUUCUAGUGAACAGGACACAAGAUCUGGAAAGAAUGAGGCUAAGGAGAAGUCAUGGCCACAGCUUGGCCUGAAGGAAACAGCCCCUGUCAAAGACAAAAGGACAUCGGCCCUCACAGAGAGAUCUUCCCAGAAGAAUCAGCCCUCCUCUGAGAAAGAAAAGGUUAAUAAACUCAAUGAGAAAAAUUCUGAGAAGACCAAUGCCUCUUUAGUUCAGAGAAGUUUUGCCACGUUUCUUACUGAAAGACCACAAGACAAGGUAGAAGAUUUUGCUCUAAGAAGUUCCAUAGAGCCAGGAGAAAAUAAAGACACAAGAGACAUUUCAAGCACACAGAGACUGAGCAGACAAGAAAACAGUAGUGCUGGAAAUGAUAAGCAAGCCAUCGUGGAUAAAAAUGAACGUCCAGUGUUCAAAGGAGAGAAAAAUGGGCUUCAUUCUAAGGAAGAUACUAGUGGAAAAGAAGUUGAGAUGAAAGGAGGAUCAGCAAUUGCAAAUGAAACAGUGUUGGACAAGUGUUCAGAUAAAAAGCAGUGUGUUGGUAAAACUAACAGUGAUCAAUUCUGGGAAAGGUGUAUCAGCAAUGUAAAAGCCAUUUCCUCAUCCCGAAUCCUGGAAAACUCCGCACUAGUGCCCACUUUCCAGAACGCUGAGAUAGCAGAACCCACUGGCAGCAGCAAGCGGAGGGUGAUGGAGGAGUGCUUCACCAAAGAGGACAACAAAAAGUGCAGAAUAGAUGUAGCGAGCCCAGGUGAAGGACACGCAUUUAGGACACAGGAAACUGGACAAGCCCAGGGGGGCUUACAAGGCAAACCCCUGGAGUCCACUGGAACUAAGAUCUCCAGACAGCAAGAUCUGGUGGCUCUACUGGAUGAUGUCCCGGCUCCUCCCGCCCCGUUUAAUCACCGUAUCGUGACAGCCAAACAAGCAGCCAUCAACAGUUUUUAUACUGUGAGCAGAACGGAAAUUUUAGGAGGGGGGCGUUUUGGCCAGGUUCACAAGUGUGAAGAGAAAGCAACAGGUCUGAAGCUGGCGGCCAAGAUCAUCAAGACCAGAAGCACGAGGGAUAAGGAUGAAGUGAAGAAUGAGAUCAACAUCAUGAACCAGCUGGAUCACGUGAACCUCAUUCAGCUCUACGAUGCCUUUGAGUCAAAGAAUGACAUCGUCCUGGUCAUGGAGUAUGUGGAUGGAGGGGAGCUGUUUGAUCGCAUCAUCGAUGACAACUACAAUCUGACCGAGUUUGAUUCCAUCCUGUUCAUCAAGCAGAUAUGUGAGGGCAUAAGACACAUGCAUCAGAUGUACAUUCUCCACUUGGAUCUGAAGCCUGAGAAUAUCCUGUGUGUGAAUCGGGAUGCUAAACAAAUAAAAAUUAUUGAUUUUGGAUUGGCCAGAAGGUACAAACCCAGAGAGAAGCUGAAGGUGAACUUUGGAACUCCGGAAUUUCUUGCCCCUGAAGUUGUGAACUAUGAUUUUGUUUCCUUUCCCACUGACAUGUGGAGUGUGGGCGUCAUUGCCUAUAUGCUACUGAGCGGUUUGUCUCCCUUCCUGGGGGACAAUGAUGCUGAGACCCUGAGCAACGUCCUGGCCUGCAGGUGGGACUUAGAGGAUGAAGAAUUUCAGGACAUCUCAGAGGAGGCCAGGGAGUUUAUCUCCAAGCUUUUGAUUAAGGAGAAGAGCUGGAGAAUAAGUGCAAGUGAAGCUCUCAAACACCCUUGGCUGUCAGAUCACAAGCUCCACUCCAGACUCAUCACCCAGAAGAAGAAUUGUUGCUCUAAUGAGAAGAACCUUGUGACCAAAUAGCCCAUGGAAGGCACCCAUUUGAAAGGAAAACUGCUGUGGUUGCUGCUGUGUUGGGAAGAUUUUUGGAAAAAUCAGCAGUUCUGAUGCCUUGACCCCAAUGAUGACGGGUGGCUAUGGGGGCGGGGGGGGUGACGCUACACUUGAACUUGGAGCACCCAGUUCAGGGGGUGCCUACUGCUGUGGUUCUGGGGGUGUAGACAAGCCCCAUGCCCCUUUCCUCAUAUCCCCACAUCCCACGGUAGGACACAAUUGGGAAGAUGUUUCCUUGACAUCUUGAGUUUUCAAUGUUUAUUUUUUAAUUUUAGUUGCUGGGAUAAGGGGUACAUGAUUUCUGCUCUUUCUCCGCUUACUAGAACAAUCAGACUGGAGAUUUACUGGAGACGUUUAAACCUGGAGGAUACCUUGAGAGGGAGAAAACAGCUUCCAGUCCUUAAGCUAUCUAUGCCUUUCAAAGGGGUGAUCAUAUCACCAGAAGAAAAUUAUGUCUUUUGCACCUUUGAACACUUGGUUUCUCAGAUAUAUAUAUAUAUAUAUAUAUAUAUAUAUAUAUAUAUAUAUAUAUAUAUAUAUAUAUUUGAUUUGGUCUGAAAUCAGGUGACUCCAAAUGAUAAAUAAUUUGCUUUCUGGAACUUGAGCUGUCUCUGAAUCCUAAGGCAAGAGGCAUCAGACAUCAUGUCUUCCAUUGGUUCUGAACUUUUCUCCCAGUUCAUUGGUUUCUUCCAAAUAGCAAUUCUACUUUCAAAUGAAUGGCAUGCAUUUCACAAGGCACUCUCUGCUCUCUUCUGACUGAGCAUUCAUGAGAUGAAAGGCACUAGUUUUCACCACUGGAGCAAGAGGUGUUUGCUUACGGCUAGUGUUUAGAAUUUAGAGUAAUGGUAACAGUCCCAAGAGCUUUCCUCACGCUGCUGUUGUCAAUGAGAGAUGGGCCGUGAGGAUCCCAAUUCCUAGGGACGGCACUUUGCUUCCAGUGUUGAAACUACUUUGGCAAUAAUGCUCAAGUUUCUGGUUAAAUUCCAACAUUUCUGAAGCCCAGUGAUCUCACCCACGCAAAGUCUCACAUGGCUCAGCGGUUGUGAAGAAAGAACACUCAGAAGUCAGAGGUGAGGCAAACACUCCUGCUCACUCUUUGGAUAUGAGAAUGAUUCCAGUUGGAAGCUUUUUGUUCCUGAGCUCAUGAGCCAUCUCAUUACGGAUUUUUAAUAACGGAAGUGAGCCCUACCAUAUAUAGCACAGAAAGGCGAGGGCCUCUCGAUGGUGAAACGUGUGUGUCAUUUCUUGGUGAAGAAGAGGCCGUGCAGAGCCACACUGAACUCCUAUCACACAUCCAGCCUCAUGCUUGCCAUUCAGCUUCUUAAGCUGUCCUCCUAGUUCCCAUUUCCAAAGAAUUCCUGUGUUGAGAUCAGCUAUAAGAAUGUGUUUUUAGCUGUAAAUGGUUCUAGACUCCAAUAGACACCAUAUACCUUAGCAAUGGCUGUAUUAGUGAUGUCAGUUUUACCUGGCAUUGGCUUUUCUCCAUCAUUGCUCAUAUCCACCUAGUGGAUCCUUCUAGCAUGCCCGUGAAUAACUGCAUGUGUAAUGUUCUUAUUCUCAUGUGCAAGGUAAAGGGGAGGUAGAGACAGAAGAAAAUGUGUAAUUUAGUGAAGACCACAUGCCAAUUUAGUGGUCAUGCUAGCUAUAAAACUGACUCCUUUCUAGCUUUGCUCUUGCAUUAUGAUGCAUUUCUUUUUUCCUUUGGCCUAUGCAUUUAUUCAAGGUUGGUUUUCUCCUGCUCCUGUUAUGUGACUAUACUUAAAAUAUUUAAUUUGGUUUCCUUAAAAAAAAAAUACAAAACAACAACAACAAAAAAAACUCAACACAACACAACAAAGCCCUGCGACUGAAGUGUUAUAUUACUGGGCUAUCUUUAGCUGAUGGUAUUCAUCGAGUCUGGAAAAAGACAAGCCAAUGCAUGCAUUAAUAUGCAGACCGCAGAGAGCUGGCAUCUUCUCAAAUGCUAAAUAAGAUGCAAGGGUCUGAUUUGAAACCCCUCAUGGAAGGGCGUUUUUCUGUCCUGGAGGGUGGAAUCUACCAGAUAGAGCAGGAGGUCCUUUGCAUCCAGGUCCCAUUCUGACUCACCUUGGCAGAGAAACUUUCACCAGACCCCAAAACAUGGGAGAGGCAGCGUAAGCCAACGGAAGGAAUGAUUUCUUUAUCAAAUGAAUCCACUAAGGACCCUGCAGUCAGUGGGUGUAAUUUUUUUUUUUUUUUUUAAAGAGGUUUAGAAAGGAGACUCUACUUUUUAAAAAAAGGAUCCCCUUUGAAUUCGGAGUUUAAUUUUCACAUUUGGAUGGGGACCCCCCCCCUUGUCAGCAGGGUGCCUUUUAUACGAGAGCUGAGGAUAGUCUGCAUUGCAAAGUUGAUGAUUACAGUCUCGAGUUACAGCGAAAUGGGAGAAUUUCAGUCUCCUGCUCAUCCUGUUCCCUCCCUCCACACCCAGUGUGGCUGCUCCUGCAAGAACUGGUAACUUGGUAGAUUGCCACUCUGAUGGGAAAGGGGGCUUUGCACAGCCGAGAAAUCAAACCAGAUGCAAGCACGGACCAGAGAAGCUGAGUCUGGCAAGACUGGGGCUAUUGUGAUCAAUUUUUCCAAGAAGUCAUUAGGAUUUGAUAGCCUGAUUUGCUCCUCCGCCCUCCUAAUGGACGUUAUGGCUUCAGUUGCUUGCAUCAGGCAGUAGCCAUUUCUUUGGAAAAAGGCAGAAAUUCAGCACGGAUGUGGCACUUCCCACUGCCUGGAGAGAAAUAAAACUCACAAAGGAUUCAAGAAAAAGCAUGCCGUCAUUUGUCAUUUGUAAGAUACCAACACUUCCCCAGAACCUGUUGCUAUUUAAAAAUCAGGGAGAAAAGAGCUCAUGCCCCAGUCCAUGCCAUGAAAACAUCUGAAAUUGGAGUUUCACCUGAACUACCUUGGGGAAAGAUUUCUAGGUUGAAAUGGGGUAAUUCUCAUGUUUGUUUUUAGUCUGACUUGAUAUUAUUUUGCUUUCUUUCCUCAAAAAUGUAAAUAGGCACGCUGCUAUUGUUGUGGCUUACUUUGAUGUGAAUGUGUUUUGAAGGCUGUGUGAAUUAUGUAUGACAUUUUCACCAUUUUUAUGGAAAUUAGCAUAGCAAAAUUUUUUCUUGUUUUAUAAUCAAAAUAUGUAUUUGAUAUCAGGAAAUGAGGGUCUUAUUUUUUAUUUCAUUCCUUUUCUCUUCCUUCUGCUCCCACUACCCCUACUUGAGGCAUGAGCCAAAUGGUGUCAGGUUGCAUACAUGUACUAGUUCCGUAUGGAUGACGGGCCAGUUUCAAUGAGGAAACCUCAUUUGGAAAGUCCCUCUGUGCGAGUGUGACAAGAGGGCAAGGCAGGUGUCUGUUCCUGGGCAAUUUCGGCAUGGGUGGAGGCUGUGCCCUUGCUGUGGCUCACUUCUCAAAAGCCAUGAUGAUGCUUCCUACCUUGCUUUUGCUUUAUCUUUUCGCUUUCUUUUUUCUUCUUUCUCUUUCUUCAGUUAGAAUCAAAGUCCAUCUUCUUAUCCAUCACGGUGCUCCCCUAAAGCCUUUUUGAGAUAAAAAUGGUAUUUCCAAAAGUCAAGUUGCUUGCUGUCCUAAAGGAAACUUGAAGCUGGACUAUUAGAUGACUAGAUGUUCGAGUCCUGGAUGAAGGUGACUUCCUUGUCUAGCAUGAAGUCGAUGGUUUCUCCCGCUAGAAGUCCUACAUAUGUCUCCGAGCUCCAUUUUAGUCAGGUGUCCUUUCUGUAAGUGAUCUUGAUGUGGGUAGUUUCACCUUCCAUGAAGGCUUAUAACUCAACUACUACUUAUUCGAAGGAGCAGAAAACAUGAAUACCCGAGUGUUCCGGUCUUGAACUGUAUGUAUUUUGUAGUUGUCCCAGCUGAUGAAUGUCAGUGAGUCCUUUCAAUGAGGUUUAGUAGUGUAGGUAUGAAAUAAAAAUGUAUUUUUAAUGUGGUGAUUGCACAUUUCAUGUAUUUUUUUUUAUUUCUGAGCAUAGUUUCAUUCAGCUGUAUUUCUUUGCCUUACAAAGAUGUACAACCGUCAUAUAUAUGUAUUAUAUUGAAGAAUAAACAUGGACCUUAUUUA